AAAGAAAAUUUCGUCACCAUAUCCGUAUCUUUUGAGAUUUUGACAUUGUGAACCGGCACUUCACAAGAUCCUGGUAAAACUGACAAGUUCGCCUUGCAAGUUGUCUUACAUAAGAAAGAUGGCCAAGGCUGCAAUGAAGACCAGCAGCCCAGAACAAAAGGUCAGGCGGAGGCAGACGAGUGAGAAGAAGGAAGAGGCAGGGUCCAAGGAGGACACACCCCCAGCAGAUGACACGGACAAAGAAAAGAACAAAGAAGACUCACCUAACCUAGCUGAACUUUCUGGUCCACCCGACAGGCCCAUCCACACUGAUCAGAGCUCUCUGCUGAGUAACGCCAGCGGUUUCAAUAACUACCGAGGAUUCCUCAAUCUCUGCAUAGUUCUUUUGGCAAUGUCGAGUGGACGCCUCGUACUUGAGAAUCUGAUCAAAUAUGGUAUCUUAGUGGACCCUAUUUCCAUGCUGAAGAUUUUCCUGCGGAACCCUUACAGCUUGCCGUCUGGUACCUUGGCUGCAUUGAUCAACGUCUUCGUUGUCAUCCAGUUUGGCAUAGAGAAGAUUGUAGCUAAGGGCCUAAUAGGAGAGACAGCUGCCAAGUUCUUGACAUUUGUCAACUUGGCCACGCUCAUCAUUUUCCCAGCUGUGGUCAUCACUAUUGUCCGCCCCGUGCCCUUCGGUGCCAUUUGCGUCAGUGGGAUGUACACCAUCACAUUCCUGAAGAUGAUCUCGUACUCGGCGGUCAACAGAUGGUGUCGGGAGGCCUUGCAGGCAGAGAAAGCUGUCCGGAGGCAGAGCUCCAAGGGGGGAAGAGACAAGAGGAGAAACAGCAAGCAAAAGAGCAAGAAAGAAGCCAACAGUAACAUGGAAUCAAAAGAAGCUGUCACGUCCCAGGAGAACGGUUUCGUUACAAUUGAGCAGAGUCAGCUGGUCAAGUACCCAGACAAUCUCAAUUUUAAAGAUCUCUACUAUUUUGCCCUUGCCCCUACCCUGUGCUAUGAGCUCAACUUCCCCAGAAGUCCCAGGAUUCGAAAGCGGUUCCUGGCGCGCCGCAUCAUUGAGCUGUUAUUCUUGGUGCACCUUAGCUUGGGACUCAUUCAGCAGUGGAUCGUGCCAACAGUGAUGAAUGCCAUGAAACCAUUUUCUGAAAUGGACUUGACAAGGAUGGUGGAGCGAAUUCUCAAGUUGGCAGUGAGUAUCUUUCUCAUCUGGCUCAUGUUCUUCUACUUCUACUUCCAUUCCUUCCUGAACAUCAUCGCUGAGCUGCUUCGAUUUGCGGACAGGGAGUUCUAUCGUGACUGGUGGAAUUCUGAGUCUGUUGGAUAUUUUUGGAGGAACUGGAACAUCCCAACAUACAGAUGGUGCGCAAGGCAUGUGUACAAGCCAAUGUUGAAGCAUGGCUACAGCAAACUGUCGGGACAGGUAUGCGUCUUCUUCCUUUCGGCCAUAUUUCACGAGUACCUGCUGAGUGUGCCACUGCACAUGUUCCGCCUGUGGGGAUUCAUGGGCAUGAUUCUCCAGAUCCCAUUGGCCUUUUUUGUCAGCGCAUUUCUCAAGGGCUACACAGCCAACAUGGCCGUCUGGCUUUCAAUCAUUAUUGGCCAGCCCAUCGCCGUUCUCAUGUAUGUGCACGAUUACUACAUCGAGAACUACAUCGCUGCCAACGCAACUGUCUCUUAGAUGAAAGUCAGGAAGCCUUUUUUAAAGCGGAACUUUGUAAGCCAAUACUAUAAUACUAUUUAGUGAUGUUAACGACUUCCUGCCGGGUGCUUUUAAAAAUGCAGUGCCUACAUAUGGGCGAUUUUUCAAUAUCUUCAGUUUAAAAAAAUCUU